UUUUGAUUUUUUGCGCAAUCGAUAUUUCAAAACAUUGGAUAUAAAGUUAGAUCUAUUCUAUGUCUUGAUUUUUUAUACAAAUUCUUGUAAUGUAAUGUAAUUUUAUAGUAUCAUUUAAAAUUAUAUUUUUUUCAUGUAAUUAUAUAUAAAUUAUAAAGUAAAUUUUAUAAUUUAUAUCUAAAUUAAUUUGGAAUUAUAUAGAUUCUAUGAAUUAGUUUCUAUGACAACCAAGUAGAAAACAAACGGGUUAUAAUGUACUUUAACUAAACAGUAUCAACUAAUUAAAUAUCUAUGCAAAUUCAUACCAAAAAUAUUUUCAAUAAAGAAAAAAAGUGUUUUAAAUAGAUCAAUAUAAUGCAAAGACCACAAACUAGUACUGCUGUAUUACAAAAUAAAUUUGAAAGGUUUUACAAAGGAACAAAAAAUGAAUCAGAGUUUUCUGGGAAUACUCGUCCAGGCACACCUGGUCAAAAUGUAUUGGCAAGACCACCAUCAUCCUUUGCUGCGCUCAAUCAAGUAUCAACUGGUAAUUCACGUUUAAAUACAAUUAAUUCAAGUAAUUCUGGAGCAUGUAAUAUUGCAUUUCCUUUGUCUGGUCAAAUGAAUAUAAAUAUUUUGGAAAGACCAAUCACUCAACAUGGAGUGGCAGGUCUUAGACCUGGAACUGGUAAAAAUUUAUCAAUGACUAGGCAAAUUCAAGAUAAAAGAUAUUAUAAUGGACUUAUGCAAUUAAAAAUUAGAGAAUUAAAUCAAGAAAUUGCUGUUAUUAUGAAAGAUAUUGAAGAUCAAACUAAAGAAAGAGCUACUUAUCUGCAUUAUGAUAAAAGAGCCAAAGAUUUGGCUAUGGAGUUAACAGCUUUACAAGGACAACUAGCUGAUUAUAAUAUCAUUGUAGAUAAAAUGACAUCUGAUAUUGGAAAAGAAAUUAUUGAAGAAGAAACUGAAAAACUUGCUAGAAAAAAUGAAGAAAUUUUAUCAAGAAUUGAAAAUAUGUUUGAAGAAAGAAAACAAUUAGAACAAAAACUAACAAAAAUACAAAAACAAUUAGAAGAUGAAAAGAAAAGAACAGAACGACUUAUAGACAGUAUGGAUUCUGAUAUGAAGGAAAAAUAUGAUGAAUUAUUAAAAGAAAAAAUAAAAGUGGAAGAAAAAGCAAAUGAACUGCAACAAAAAUUGGAUGAAUUAUACAAAGAACAAGUUUAUUUAGAAGAAGAAAUAACAUUAUCUCCUUUGAAACAGGAAGCAGUUAAAUUACAUCUUAAAAUAAUAGAAAUGGAAGAAAAAAGAGAUAAGUUAAAAGAAGAAGAGAAACAAAGAAUUUCACCAGAAGAAGAAAAAGAAAAAUUAUUAAAACAAAUUCAAGAAACAGAACAAAAACUUGAACAAUUAGAAGCAGAUAUAGAAGAUACUCAAUCUGAAAAACAAAUUAAAUAUAACGAGCUUCGUAAACGAGAAGAAACUAUAGAACAAUUUAUGAGUUCUUUUGAUCAAAAUAAAGAAGAUGAAACUAAAAAAUUGCAUAAAUUAGAGAAUACAAUAGUUGAAUAUUUAGAAAAUAUUUCGAAUAUGUUAAAUAUUGAUAUUGAUUUUAUAGGAAAUGAUGAAAUGGCUAUUCUUAAUAGUUUACCAUCUUUCAAUGAAUAUGAAUAUAUUAACAAAGAUUGUAAUUUUGAAAAAUUAACAAAAGAAAAUUUAAAGUUGCAGCAAAUUUUUAAUAAAAUGCAAAUAUUAGAAGAAAAACUUAAAGCAGAAUUUGCUGAGUUUAAUGAAAAAAUGACUGACAAAGAAAAUAAAUCAAUAAUUACAGAAGAUUUAGAUACUUUGAAAACUAAAUUGACACUAAAACAAGACCAAUUAAUAGCAGAAUGUGAACAAUUGAAACAUGAACAAGAAAAAGAACAAGAAGAGAUUAAAACAAUUCAAUCAGAAUAUAAUGAAAUAAAACAACGUUUAGAAAAUAAUGAUAUAUAUGUUCAAGUUAGUGCACUGGAAAAUAAUGUAGAAAAAUUGCAAAAAGAACAUAAAAGUAUUGAAGAAUUUAUUACCAAAGAAAAAGAACGUGGUAAUUAUGAUCCAACAAAAAAAGAAACUUUUAAUACAAUAAAUAUUUAUAACUCUAUGUUAAAAGAAAGUCUAAAAACUAUCUAUUAAUUAAAUUUUUUAUAACUUUGUUUAAUUCUAUUUUACCAAUAUUAGAGGAGUUAGAAAAUAAUUUGAUUUAUUGAUUUUUCAAUAAUAUUAUAUAAUAUUUACAAAUUAAAUAUGAAAAAUAUUAAAUUAUUAUAAUUUAUAAAAAUAUAUUAUAUUAUUUAUAAAAAUAAUCGUGAAUAUUACAUUUUUUUGUAUUAUUAAUUGCAUUUUUUAAUUAAAUUUUAUGAAAUUAUUUUAUUAAAUUCGAAAAAAUAUAUAUACAAUUUUCACAUAACCAAACAAUUCGAAAUAAAUAAAGUUAUUUCGAGAAAAAUAAA